AUGGUUCAACCAAAUAAAAAAUCUCAAACUUGGCUAUCUAUAUCUAAAUAAACCUCAAGUAUUUUAAAAAGUAAAAUUUUAGGCAUUAAUGAUCAUCUUGAUACUCUCGGCUAAUACACCAUUCUUUUUGGAAUUGGCACUCACAAUUCAUCUAGCUAUAGAAUGUUUCAUUAAAAAUUUAGUUAGAAUUAUUUAAUAUAUUUGGAACUUUUUACAUCAAAUAAAGCCCUAAAUUUCUAAUGUACAAAUUGUCAAUGGUUCAUUGAACUUAAAAUCACUCUGUUUUUGGCUCUUCUAAAUUUUAUUUAAAUCUUAAUUCUGCUAUCAGUAUUCCCUUUUUUAGCAUUUGCACUUUUAAUCCUAAAAACAGAAGCUGUUAUGCAAUAAUAGAAAAAAAAAUUGACAACAUAACCAUCAUUAUUAUUGUUAAUUUACUUUGUAGCAUACCUAUUUUCAUAAUUGAACUAAUCAUUAGUCUAAUUGUAAUUCCCUCUAAAAUCUUGA